AUGUCCGGCACGGACUACGAUUAUGACGAACAGGGUCAAUUCUUCCCUUACUUCAUCCUCACAAUCACCAGUCUGGUAACCAUACCAGUGACCUACUCCCUGUUAAAGCCUAGCAAAAAACUGGAGAGUACUGCGGCGAGAAUAGAGUCCGACUUCACCCCAGAACAUGACGACCUCAUCGAAGGACAGCGUAAGAAGCAGAAGCGGCGCGAGCGGAGGUUGAAGAGAUUCGUAGUCAGUGUGGCGGGUUGGGCCAUCAUGGCGUGGAUGGUCUACCUCACAAUCGUCACGACACGGACAAUCCCGAAGAUCUGGGAUCCGUAUGAGGUUCUGGGAGUAUCUAGAUCCGCAACAGAGAAGCAGAUCAAGAGUCGUUACCGCAAGCUUUCCCUCACGAACCAUCCAGAUAAGCGGCAAGAGGACCCAGCGAAUAAUAUCACCAGCGCUGUCAUCAACGACGAAUGGGUCAACGUGGUGAAGGCGUUCAAGGCUCUCACCGACGAGGAAGUCCGCAACAACUACCUACAAUAUGGCCACCCAGAUGGCAAGCAGAGCUUCAGCAUUGGAAUCGCUCUACCCAAGUGGAUAAUCACUGAAGGCCAUGGCAAAUAUGUUCUGCUCAUGUAUGCGCUCGCGCUUGGCGUCAUCUUGCCUUAUACUGUAGGCAAGUGGUGGUAUGGAAUCCAACGGAUGACGAAGGAGAAGAUUCUGGUGGCGAGCGCUGGGAAACUCUUCCGGGAAUAUGACAACGACCAAGGCGAGACGGGCGUGGUUGGCGCCCUGAGCACUGGCGAAGAGUUCAACGAGGUACUCAACGGAAACAAAGCAGACCACGGCCUUUCCAAACUCGAGCAGAAGGUUCUCUCGGACUCCGCAAGGUCCCCGAUAUCGUCCGUCUUGACAAAGAAAGAUCGCCAGAAGCUUGAGAAUCUAGAUGACAGUCGCCAGCGGAAGGUCUUGACACUCCUGUGGGCUUACCUGGGGCGCAUUGAACUGGACGACGAGGCUCUAAACGACGAGAAAUUCGAAGUCGCACCCAUUGCACUUCAGUUGAACGAGGCAUACACAUCAAUCGCGCUCGCUUACGGCAACACCAAGCCAGUCAUCUCGGCUUAUCACACAUCACAGAACCUGAUCCAGGCGUUGAGACCCGGCGCAUCUCCGCUGGAGCAACUACCGUACUUCACUCCAGCGGUGGCCUCCGCCGCCGAAGCCGAACGUGCAAAGACACACUUGACCAUCCAGGAGUUCAUGCGUCUCCCCGCUGAUGUCAGGAAACGUCGCGUUGUCGCGUCUGGUCUUCUUUCCGACGCACAGUAUAGAAAAGCUAUGGCCGUGGCAACUCAGCUCCCCUUCCUACAUGUUGAGAAGGCGUUCUUCAAGGUUGUUGGAGAGCGCUUUGUCACUCCAAGCAGCUUGGUUCAGUUUGUUAUCAAGUGCCGCUUCAUCCCUCCUGGAUCCACAAAGGUGCCCGAGGUUAAACCUUCUGAUCUGGAGGACAUUGACCCUGACGAAGGCGACGUGGCUGCCAUCACCGGACGCAAGGACGAUAAGUCAGGCGAGAAACCUAUCCAACCACCGCUGACGCACGCUCCCUACUUUCCGCGCGACCACGCCCCCAGAUGGCAUGUGUUCCUGGCGGACAGCAAACAGGGCAAGAUUGCCGUGCCGCCAUUCACCUUCCAGACCUUUGACAAGCCGAUCCUCGACGAGAGCGGCAAAUACACGUUCAACGUGCAGACUUUGAAGAUGCAAUUUGGAGCACCACCGCAACCCGGCAGCUACACUUUCGUCAUGCACAUGAUCUGUGACAGCUACGUUGGAAUGGACACCAAGAUGGAAGUGACGCUCGUUGUUGAAGACGCGAGCAAAGCGGAGGAGGUCGAGGAGGAGGGGGAGAUCAGCGAGCCUGAAGAGGAUACCAUCGCCGGCCAGAUGCGAAGCCUCAAGGCUGGCGGCGCCAGCACCAAGACCAAGAAGCGGCGGUCUGAGGACGAGUCGAGUGACGGAAGCGAUACGGAGGGCGACGUGGAGUCCGACAGCGAGACAGAUACGGACACGGACACCGAUGAAGAGUAG